AUGCUGUUCCGCAGUCUACUGUCCACGGCUGUCCUAGCCGCCUCGCUAUGCGCAGACCAUGCAUCUGCUGGUAAACUUGGCCGGUUUGCUCAAAGAACUCGCGACGCCAAACCGGCUAAGCGCGCAGGAGAGGUCGCGAAGCGGUCGCACUCCACCCCUGUCGAAGACUACCGGUUCUACAACAACGCUACGCAGGCCUUCCGUGUGAAGAGUCUUCCUGAUGUUCAUUACGACAUCGGCGAGACAUACUCUGGCUUGAUCCCCAUCGAGAAGGACGAUCCGUCGAGAGCACUUUUCUUUGUCUUCCAACCUACCGUUGGUGCGCCCGUGGACGAGGUCACCAUCUGGUUGAAUGGUGGCCCUGGAUGCUCGUCUCUGGAGGGCUUUCUCCAAGAGAAUGGACGGUUCACCUGGCAGCCUGGAACAUACUUGCCCGUUGAGAACCAAUACUCAUGGGUAAACUUGACUAACGUGCUGUGGGUCGACCAACCUGUUGGCACGGGCUUCUCUGUUGGCACCCCGACUGCAGUGUCUGAGGAGGAGAUCGCACAGGACUUCAUUAAGUUCUUCAAGAACUGGCAGCAGACCUUUGGCAUCAAGAACUUCAAGAUCUACGUGACUGGUGAGAGCUAUGCAGGCCGCUAUGUCCCUUAUAUCUCAGCUGCCAUGCUGGACGAGAAGGACACGGAGUACUUUGACCUGAAGGGAGCUUUGACCUACGACCCUGUCAUCGGCCAGUUCGACUACGUCCAGACCGACGCACCGGUCGUGCCCUUCGUCCAGGACAACAAGGUCCUCUUCAACUUCAACGCCAGCUUCCUGGCCGAGCUGGAGCAGCUCCACGAGUCCUGCGGCUACAAGGCCUUCAUCGACGAGUAUCUCACCUUCCCCGCCAGCGGGGUCCAGCCUCCGAAGAGCAUGAACUACUCGGGCGACUGUGACCUCUGGGACCUGAUCAACAACGAGGUCCUCGGCAACAACCCCUGCUUCAACCCCUACGCGAUCAACGAGAACUGCCCCAUCGUCUGGGACGUGCUGGGCUUCCCGACCGAGGUCGACUACACCCCGCCGGGGGCGACGGUCUACUUCGACCGGUCGGACGUGAAGCGCGCCCUGCACGCCCCGGCCAACAUCACCUGGUCCGAGUGCUCGAACGAGAGCGUCUUCGUGGGCGUGGGCGGCCCCGAGGGCGAGGGCGACCUGUCCGCCAACCCGAUCGAGCACGUCCUGCCGCAGGUCAUCGAAGGCACGAACCGCGUGCUCAUCGCCAACGGCGACUUCGACAUGGUCAUCCUCACCCAGGGCACCCUGCUCUCCAUCCAGAACAUGACCUGGAACGGCAAGCUGGGCUUCGAGACCGAGCCCGCCACCCCGAUCAACAUCGAGCUCCCGGACCUGCAGUGGGACCCCAUCCUGGGCGGCGCCACCGGCGGCCAGGGCGACAUGGGCAUCCAGCACUACGAGCGCGGCCUGAUGUGGGCGGAGACCUACCAGAGCGGCCACAUGCAGCCGCAGUACCAGCCCCGUGUGUCGUACCGACACCUGCAGUGGCUGCUGGGGAGAAUCGAUAAGCUGUGA